CAAUGAUCUCAAAAAGCUAGCUGAUUGAGAGGUAUGCAUAUAUACAGCAAACUGCAUAUAAAAAUAAAUAAAAAAGAAUUACUAUUAUUUAUAUCAUCAUGCUCGCGUCACGGUGCCAAACGACACAGUGUGUGUUUUCAGUCGCCAUGAUCCAUUAUCUCCAGUCUUGAGGCAAAACACAGUCCAAAUUAGCAUAAUGUUUGAGAUGAAAAACUAAAGAAAAUGAUCACACAUAUCCCAUCACAUGAUAUCGGUGCGACGCCAAUUAGCAGCAAUACAAAUCCCUCUGCAAAAUGGUGGGGAUACUCUUCAUUUGGAGUGAUCUUCAUUUCUUACACGAGCACUAUAUAAGGUCAAGCCGAAGCCUCGGAUUCUUGAAAACUAUAAGGAUUGAAGCAUGACUAGGUUGUCUCUUUUACUACUCAAGCUACUGCUGAUCUUGGUAUUUGCUGGUUGGGUGUCGCUUUGGGUUCUUAAGCCGACUGAGUUCUGGACAAGGAAAUGGAAGGGCGCAGAGGCAAAAGCAUCAGCUACCGCGUUUGGCUAUAAUGGCCUAGAUUUUGUGGUCUUCACGUUCCCUCUAAUCGGUCUGUCUAUAAUCGGGUUCAUCUACUUGGAACUGAAACAUCAUGACGAACCAAGAAACAGCCUAGGAAGGACUACUGCACUCACUUCUCUCUCUAGUCCACUGUUGGUGAAUCCAUACGUAGGUAUUCUAUCGGGGGCACAGAUCCUCACCUCGUCUCUGUUCAUCAUGCUCCUUGUCUGGACAUUCUAUGUUCGUGUUUCUAAUGACUUUAAGAAGAUGACGCCGCUCAAAUCAUUCAAACUUAGCAUAUGGCAAUAUAAGCUGUUCAGGAUGGCCACGCGCUGUGGCUUGUUAUCAGAAGCCUGCCUAGCUCUGCUGCUUCUCCCCGUGCUACGAGGGAUGUCCAUAUUCCGGUGCCUUGGCAUCCAAUUCGAGGCCUCGAUCAAGUACCAUGUCUGGCUCGGUUCUGCAAUGAUAUUCUUCGCCACUUUACACGGUGGAGGCACCCUCUUCAUCUGGGGAAUCAAGCAUAGAAUCCAAGACGAGAUGUGGGAGUGGCAGAAGAAAGGUCGUAUAUACCUCGCAGGAGAGAUAGCUCUAGCAACAGCUUUUGUGAUGGCGAUCACAGCACUUCCACAGAUUAGGAGGAAAUGGUUUCAAAUUUUUUACUACACACAUCACCUUUACAUAGUCUUCAUUCUCUUCUUCCUCUUCCACGGUGGAGACCGCCAUUUCUACAUGGUGUUUCCCGGAGUCUUCCUCUUCGCCUUGGAUAAACUCCUCCGUGUGGUGCAGUCAAGGCCAGAGACGUGCAUUCUCUCUGCUCGAGUCUUCCCCUGCAAAGCCAUAGAACUCACCUUGCCAAAGGAUUCAAGGUUAAAAUACGAGCCAACCAGCGUCAUCUUCCUCAAGAUACCGAGCAUUUCCAAGCUCCAAUGGCAUCCAUUCAGCGUAACCUCCAGCUCAAGCGCAGACGAGCACAGUAUCUCAGUCAUUGUGAAGAGUGAGGGGCAAUGGACUAGCUCCCUGCAUAGCAAGAUCAUUCAUGCUGAAAAGCAAGAUUCAGAAUCAGAUAAAAGGGAAUGCAUCCCAGUCGCAGUUGAAGGUCCAUACGGGCCUGCAUCUACGGAGUUUUUAAGGUACAAUAACUUACUCAUGGUUGCUGGAGGGAUAGGGGUGACACCGUUCCUGAGCAUCUUGCGCGAGAUAACCUGCAACGGCAGAAAUGCAUAUCCAGAUAGGAUACAUCUCAUAUACAGUAUAAAGAAGUCACAAGAUGUAUGCUUACUUGAUCCAAUACUCCCACAGCUGCUAGAUAUUGAACAAUUUCACACGAAACUCAAAGUAUUCGUCACUAGGGAAAACCAAAUCGGAGUGACACUAAGAGAAGUGUUCAACGACGUUCCCAAAGCAGAAAUAACGAAUUUUAGCACUGCAAACACCACUUAUGCAGUACAUGGGCCUGAAAGAUUGCUAUGGAUGGCUGCUGUCACAGUCAUUUCUUCAGUCAUGUUUCUCAUCUCACUCGUUAUUUUCAACCGUUUUGUUAUCUCACCAGCCCAGAAACCAGCAGCAGCUCAGAAGAAAUCCUCAACACAGACUGAUCUCGUCCUUGUUUGCUCUUUCACCAUAGCAAUCAUAUCCGCAGCAAUAAUGGCUAUUGCCAUAAGGUGGAAGAGGGUAACGAUACUAACAAACGAGCUUCAGUUCUUCUCCAAUAAGCAAAGCAAAGCUGUGAAACAGAGCUCACUUGAAGCAAGUAGGGAUCUUGAUGAACAUGAGAUCCACUUUGGAGGAAGACCAAUCUUUCAAGAUAUAAUCUCAAAUUUCGCUAGAGAAACUGGUGGAUCAGAUAUAGGGGUUUUCGUCUGUGGCCCUCAAGGGAUGAAAGACUCUGUUGCCUUAGCUUGCAGACGAGCUCGGGUUUCACAGAGGAAUGCUAAGGGAAAGAGACCAAAACUCACCUUUCACUCACUGAACUUCACACUCUAGCUAGUUUGCAGACAAAUUGCAAUAUACCUAAUUUGUGGCCAUGCGACACUGUAAUAAUUAAAAGUGUAAUAAGAUAGUCUGUAAGGAAAUGUAGCCAAGCACUUUGUUCAUAAAUGGAAAAUCCCAACUAUAUGAUACAA